AUGGCGUACUUGAAGGUCUCUGGAACGAAAAUCGUCGACCACAAUGGCAAGGAGAUCAUCCUCCGCGGCGCAGGCCUUGGUGGCUGGAUGAACUCAUGGACGAUCGUCGCAGGUUACCCUGGUUGCGAAUUCCAGAUUCGCGCAGCACUCGCGGACGUCAUUGGCAAGGAGAAGUCAGAAUUCUUCUAUGACAAGUUCCUGGAAUACUUCUUCCAGGACGCCGAUGCCGCGUUCUUCAAGAGCUUGGAGCUGAACUGUAUUCGCAUUCCCUUCAAUUACAAGCAUUUCGAGGAUGACAUGAAUCCGCGCGUGCUGAAGCCGGAAGGCUUCAAGCACCUCGAUCGCGUGAUUGAUCUGUGCUCGAAGCAUGGUAUCUACACAAUCCUCGAUCUGCACACAGCACCAGGUGGCCAGAACACCGACUGGCACGCGGAUGCCGGGACGCACAUCGCCAAGUUCUGGGAGCACAAAGACUUCCAGGAUCGCACGGUCUGGCUCUGGGACCAGCUGGCAAAGCAUUAUGUCGGGAACACCUGGAUCGCGGGCUACAACCCGCUAAACGAGCCGACUGACCCGUACCACACCCGCGUCGUUGCUUUCUAUGACCGCGUCUACCGCGCAAUCCGCGUGGUCGAUCCGCAUCAUGCGCUCUUCUUUGACGGAAACACCUUCGCGUCCGACUUUUCGCACUUCGGCGACGUGCACAAGCGGUGGGAGAACUGCGCGUACUCGAUACACGACUAUAGCGUGUUUGGGUUUCCCGCGUCGCCGGAGCCGUAUGUGAACAGCGAGGCGCAGAGGACUCGCAUGCGGAAGAGCUACGAGCGUAAGCGAGAGUGGAUGGAUGAGCGCGGAUUGUGCGUGUGGAAUGGCGAGUGGGGCCCAGUGUAUGCGCGGACGGAGUACGAGGGCGCGAGGACGGAGGCAAUCAACGAGGAGCGAUACAAGGUUCUCAAGGACCAGCUGAGCAUCUACAAUCAGGAUCGCCUGAGCUGGUCGAUCUGGACGUACAAGGAUAUAGGCUUCCAAGGGAUGGUCUACGUUUCGCGCGAGACGCCGUACAUGAAGCUGUUCAAGGACUUCCUCGCGCAAAAGCAUAGGCUCGCAAUCGACGCGUGGGGCGCAGACGAUACCGCCGUGCGACCGAUCUACGACCCGCUCAUAGACCUCAUCAAGCGCGAGGUUCCCGCAGAGUACCAGAACCUCUACCCGUUCCCGGUGUGGAAGUUCAGCGACCGCGUCGGUCGGUUGGCGAGGAAUAUUCUGGUGAGCGAGUUCCUGGUGAAGCCGUGGGCGGAGCAUUUCCGUGGCAAGAGCGAGAAGGAGCUUGAUGAGAUUGCAAAGAGUUUCUCGUUCGAUAAUUGCUUACGUCGCGAUGGGCUCAACCGGAUCUUGACGGAGAACGCGAGUUUGGUGGCAGAGUCUAAGUGA